CUACCGAAUACUCCGUUCUACACAAAAACAAUCAAACCUUCCCUCCCUUUCUCUCUCGCCCUCCAAACCUCGCAAUCCAAUUCCAAAGAGACACACCACUACAGCAAAACAAUGACCACCACCACCCACACCGCAUCCACCCCUCCCCCCAACCCCCUCAAAGCCUUCACUCAACUCUCCCCCUCCGUCUACAUCCACCGUCCAGCCAAUGCUCCCCACAAACCAGAACAGAUCAUAAUCCUCGCCUUCUGGAUGAACGCCCACCCGCGCACCCUCACCAAAUACCUAACCACCUACCUCGACCUCUACCCCCGCGCCACGAUCCUGUACACGCUCUCCACCUCCCUGGAUUUUUUGAUCAAUUUCACCGCCCGCACGCAGCACGCGCGCCUGCAACCCGCCGUCACCGCUCUCCGGGCCGCCGCCGCCGCCGCCGACGCCGACGCAACAACCAGCCGGGACGACCCAAACCCCGGGCCGGGCUCCUCCCACCCCCGCGUCUACAUCCACAUGUUCUCCAACGGCGGCACCUUCGCCGUCGCCCACCUGCUCGAGGCCUACCGGGCUGCCACGGGCCGCCCGCUGGCCGUCGAGGCCAUGCUCUACGACAGCGCGCCGGGCACCUCGACCUUCCGCGGCGGCAUGCGCGCGCUGGCCGUCGGGUUGCCGGCGAACCCGGUGCUGCGGCUGCUGGGGAUGCUGGUGCUGGCGGGGAUUAUGGGGUGGUCGAUGCUGUUGACAGCCAUCAUGCCGCGCGCGGAUGGGGUGAUGGUCGGGCGGCGGGGGACGGUGGAUGCGGGGUUGGUGGUGCGGGGGGGUUCCCGCACGGAGGGGGCGGAGGCUGCGCCGAGGAGAUGUUAUCUGUACUCCGAGGGGGAUCGGGUGGUCGAUGCGAGGGAUGUGGAGAGUCAUGCUGAGGAGGUUGCGCGGCGGGGGUGGGAGGUCGAGAGGGUCAAGUUUGACGGGUCGGCGCAUGUGUCGCAUAUGAGGACCGAUCCGGAACGCUACUGGGGGGUCGUGAAGAGAUAUUUUGGCGGGAUUUAGACUGACAGUACUGUCAAUUGAAGGCGUGUGAGUGAAUUACCGGUAUACAUAUCAAGUGUUUGUAUGAUACUCUUUUAAGUCAAAACUGUUCUAUUCAAAUUCGAC